UACAGAGACAUCAGGGUGUGUGAUGCUAAGAUCCUCAAAAUUAUUGAAUUAACGCACACAGUGCUGCAGUGUCUCAACGGUAGACACAUUAUAGCCUUUGCUGAUCUUCAUAAAGCAAUGCCACUUUAACACAAGACGGAUCUUUUGAACAUGUGGUGGAAAACGGCAUUUGUCGUUUUUUCUUCAUGGCUUGGCUUAUCGUUACACGUCACAGGGGCAAUCUCAUCAGACAAUGAAGUUGAUCUAAUACCCCAACAGCACAUCUCUGCUGGGCUAACUGGUCCCCUGUACCAGCAUGCGGGCAUCCUUGAUCAGGAAAAGUCUUCAGAAUUGAAUGCAGAAGUAUUUCAUGGCCAGUCCCGCACGAGAGUAGCCAAGGUGAUGCCAAGCUUGUUUCUGGAGUCCCACUUUCCAAAAGUUCAGAAGAAGCUGUCAAAAAUCUUCUUUCUACCGAGAUACAGUCGUGUGGUGAACAAGCCCGUGUCUGCCCAUCGUACGGUCACAAUGGAGGAAAAGAAUGACAUCGAGCUGUAUGUGUCAUCUGUAGGAGUCUCAGAACCCAUGUCCAAUAGUGAAAUGAUCCAACUGCUCAACAUCAACUCUGUACUGUCUGGCACCACUGAAGCACCUACUGAGAAGAAUAUUUUUAAAGACCAUCAUGAGAAGAACAACGUGUGGGACAAAGAGGGCUUCUAUGUGCUUGUCAUCUGCCUCCCAAUAUUCAUCAUCAUCUUUACCUGUUUAAUGCUGCUUUACAGACCAAAGGAGAAGGAAUUCUUGGAUCAGCAGGUUAAAGAUCCGUCAUCAGCCAACCGGGAACUGACACCAGUCCCUGUUCAUGCUGCUCAGCCCCCUCUAAUCCUCAAGAACAGUAUGGUACAGGCCAACCAGACAUCCACAACCAGUGCCACUUAUACUACAAAGAGCAAUAGCCGAAGUGCCCCAUCCAACAACAUCCAUCAGACUCAUUCCAGUCUGACCUCGGAGCCGCAGUGCCCACCUGCUCACACUGUCACUGAACUCAAGCCCUGUUGGUCUUCCACACAUUCACCCUUUAGGAUGAAACCUGUUGCAGGCCUCCAGGAACGACGGGGUUCUAAUGUCUCGCUGGUGCUUGACAUGAGCUCCUUUGGUUCGGUGGAGCCUUUAAAUUGUGGUGUCGUGACCCCGCGCGAGCGUGUUUCUCAGGAAUACCUGCAGUCUGCGAGUCGUGCCCUCUCACGGCAACAGCUUCUUGAAGUCACACAGAACAUCCAGAUGUUGCAUGCCGAGUUUGCUGAAAUUCCCAUGAAUUUUGUGGAUCAAAAGGAACUGGAUAUCCCAAAUCAUGGCUCAAAAAACAGAUACAAGACCAUUUUGCCAAAUCCACAUUCCAGAGUUCUUUUAAAGGCCAAGAACAGGAACGACCCGCUCAGCAGUUACAUCAAUGCCAACUACAUACGGGGCUACCUUGGAGUUGAGAGGUCUUUCAUUGCCACUCAGGGCCCAAUGAUCAACACGGUGAACGACUUCUGGCAGAUGGCUUGGCAGGAGGACUGUCCCGUCAUUAUCAUGAUCACUAAACUAAAAGAGAAAAAUGAAAAAUGUGUGCUGUACUGGCCCGAGAAGCGAGGAAUCUAUGGGAAGGUGGAGGUUUUUAUAAACAACGUGAAGGAGUGUGAGCAAUAUAUAAUUCGUACCCUUAUACUGAAGAAUGGGGGUCAGACCCGCAAGGUGCAGCACUACUGGUUUACCUCAUGGCCGGACCAUAAGACCCCAGAGAGCGCCGGAACCUUGCUGCAGUUAGUGAAUGAUGUGGAGGAAGACAGAAGAGGUUCCUCAUCGUCUGGACCAGUUAUUGUACACUGCAGUGCUGGAAUCGGUCGAACAGGGUGUUUCAUUGCCACAACAAUCGGCUGCCGUCAGUUGCAGCUGGAGGGAACCGUGGAUGUGCUGGGUAUCGUGUGCCAACUCAGAAUGGACAGGGGUGGUAUGAUCCAGACUGAAGAACAAUAUGAAUUUGUGCAUCAUGCCUUGAGUCUCUAUGAGAACCGCCUUGCCGAAGACCCUGUACAAUGAGCUUUCAAGCCAGAGGGAUUUCACAUUUCUCACCAGGUUUACCUUGAAAUAGUAUUUCUCAAGGUUUCUGUUGUUGGCAUGAGAGAAGAGAGCAAAAUAUUUUUUCUGAUUUCAAUCUUUAUGGAUUUGGGCAAUGGCAAUUUGGCAUACGAAUAUAAAAGUUGUGAAAAUCUCGCCUCUAAUGCUGUUGUCUGAAGUCCGGUGUUGUCAGCAAAUGGAACUGUUAUCACAUGUAAUUCUUACCAUUACCUUUCAUUACCAUUCUUUGUGAGUCAUACUUUUUCUUGUCCUCAAAUGGGUUUCAGCUUCACUAAGUAUAGGUUUUUAAUGCAGCAUAUACAGCAUAGGGACCAAUUGUGUAUAAAUGAGCUUUAAUUCAUUUAAACAUUCAUAGCAUCAACUGGGCAUUUCAAAUACAAAAUCAGGUAUAAAGAAAUUAUAAUAGUUAAUUGGCCAGACAACAGACAUUAUACUAGUUCUUACUAUAGCAGAAUGAUUUUUUAUACUUUUUAGUUUUUGAACAUGUGUACUGAAUCUACAGCCCACGCUAAGAAAGUAAGUAUUCAUAAACCCAUAAAAAAAUAUAAAUAUAUUUUUUACUUUCUGGAAUACUGCAGUGAGCUAAUAUCAUUUUAGUAACUCAGAAAUAUGAAAAUAAUAAUAUGUUCCCCAAUACGGUUGUAGUGAAAUGUUUCAUACAGUAUAACUUGGGACCACACAGGUCUAGCUGCUAAUUUUUCAACUAUUUAUGUUGUUGUAUGAGGGUUAAUAUUUCUAGCACAUUUGUUUUUCUAUAGUAUUUAUUCUUAUGAUUAUUUUUAUUACUUGAUACUUUUAUAAACUAUGGAUAUUGUCAGUGUGCACUGUUGUGCUAUUAUAUAUCUUCCACUAUGUGGCUUUAUGUUAGGCAGUCAGUGACUUGUUUUCGUAUUUAUGCUUAAUGAUUUUUCAUGUGAAUAUUGUAAAUAAUAAACUGUUUCUCAUGGCCACGUAAAUAAUAUAAUAUUAGAUAGAGAUGGAUGGAUUCCAAAAUCAGUUUAAAAAAUACACUUUAUGUAAAGAUGGUAAGACCUGAUAAAUAUAACCUCUAAUAAGAAUUCUGAAGGGGAAAUAAAGAGUUUAUAAUAUUGAGAGGGAGGUAGAAAAGGUAUAACUUUCCUAAUCUCAGCUAUCCUUUGUAAAUUCUUGUACUUACAUUUAAUAGACAGUGCUUAUGACAUUACUUGUUCUAAUGUAUAACAAAUGUUAACCUACCCUAAGCCACAAUAUCAUGUUAACAUUUUUGGCCGUGCAAGUUCAUCAAUCUGCUUCUUCUGAUAUCGAAACCUGUCAUGUGAAGUAGCGUGUUUUUAAUAAAACAUAAUAAUAUGGGAAACUUUGCCCAGUUCACAAGGUACAGAAAAAAAUGCUUGUGAUAUUUAUGGUCAUUACUGCCAAUAAAGGAAGGAGUUCAAAAAUAAAAGGUAAA